AGGGCAUGCUGGGAGGAUAUGGGUGCAACCGGCGAUUGGGCUGCCCGCGGCCGCCAUGUUAGGCGUUGUAAUGUAUUGUUAUAAAUAAAGUUGAGCGGGCAGGCGGCCGGCCGGCUGCUGCGGGUCGGAGGACGCGGAUAGCGGUGUGUGCGGAUUAGGGGCUGUGGGCUUCCGGUGUCGCUUUGAAGUGGAACCGACGCUGGAGAGUCGGGGCUCGCACCUGCGCCGGAGACAUGAGAGAGAUGUUCAGCAUGAAUGGCCAUCUGGAGGUCCAGCCUCAUAAACAUUAUGGCAUCACCUCUCCAAUCAGUUUGGCUGGUCCCAAAGAAAUUGAUCACAUUUACACUCAGAAGCUGAUUGAAUCAAUGAGACCAUUUGGAGUGUUUGAAGAUGACCGGGAGCUUGGCCACAGGAUGUUUGUCUUGGGCAAAUUAAAUAACUUGGUCAAAGAAUGGAUUGCUGAAGUUGGGGAGUGUAAGAACCUCCCCCCCACCCUUAUAUCGGCAGCUGGAGGCAAAAUCUUCACCUUUGGUUCCUAUCGGCUUGGCGUUCACACUAAAGGUGCUGAUAUUGAUUCUCUCUGUGUUGCUCCCAGGCAUGUGGAACGGUCAGAUUUCUUUCAGUCAUUUGUGGAAAAGCUGAAGCUCCAAGACGGAAUAAGGAAUGUUAGGGCAGUUGAGGACGCCUUUGUGCCUGUGAUAAAGUUGGAGUUCCUGAAUAUUGAGAUUGACUUGGUUUUUGCUAGAUUGCCCUUGCAGUGUAUCCCUGAUGAUCUGGACUUGUGUGAUGAUUCACGAUUGAGGAGCUUAGACAUAAGGUGCAUCAGAAGCUUAAAUGGUUGCAGAGUUACAGAUGAAAUUCUGCAUUUGGUACCAGAUAAAGAAAUCUUCAGACUAACCCUGAGAGCUGUCAAGCUGUGGGCAAAGAGACGUGGCAUUUAUUCAAAUAUGUUGGGAUUUCUCGGUGGUGUCUCAUGGGCAAUGCUGGUAGCAAGGACGUGUCAGUUGUACCCAAACGCAAUAGCAUCUACUCUUGUGCACAAGUUUUUCCUUGUUUUUUCAAAGUGGGAAUGGCCUAACCCAGUAUUGCUGAAACAGCCAGAAGAGAGCAAUCUGAAUCUACCAGUUUGGGAUCCCAGAGUAAAUCCCGCUGACCGGUAUCACCUAAUGCCUAUAAUUACUCCAGCAUAUCCUCAGCAGAACUCUACUUACAAUGCCUCAACCUCAACCCGCGCAAUUAUAGUGGAAGAGUUUAGGCAAGGUCUGGCUGUAACUGAUGAAAUCCUUCAAGGCAAAGCAGACUGGUCUAAGCUAUUUGAACCACUAAACUUUUUUCAGAAGUACAAGCAUUACAUCGUCCUGACUGCCAGUGCAUCCACUGAGGAGCAUCAUCUGGAAUGGGUUGGUUUGGUUGAGUCUAAAAUCCGUGUACUUGUUGGAAACUUGGAGAGAAAUGAGUACAUUAUGCUCGCCCAUGUAAAUCCUCAGUCUUUUCCUGGGAGUCUGGACCACUGUAAAGAUAACGAGUAUAUGUCUAUGUGGCUUCUUGGAAUAAUCUUCAAGAAGGUGGAGAAUGCUGAAAGUGUUAACAUUGAUCUAACACUUGAUAUACAGUUAUUCACCGAUACAGUUUAUAGGCAGGCCAAUAACAUAAACAUGCUUAAAAAGGGGAUGAAGAUUGAAGCAACGCACGUAAGGAAGAAACAGCUCCACCAGUACCUUCCUCCGGAAGUUCUACAGAAGAGGAAGAAGCAAAGUGUCCCGGAUAUCAACCGCUCAUCUUCAGGUCUCUUAUCCAAACGUUCGUCGCUGGAUGGCAACUGUCUGGACAGCUCCAGAGAUACGGACACCGGAACACCUUUUGAGUCUCCUACAUCUUGUGUCAAAAAGUCUAGAACAAGUAGCCCUACUUUACCAGAUGGGAACAGGAUGCCUGUAUCAGAGAGUACCCCAGCAAAUUUGUUUCCUUCAACACACAAAUCAGCGAAUGCAUCUGUGCCUUCAGAAACUACUCAAGGACAGUCUAUUCCUGUUAUUGGUGCAAAUACAGAUCCUGCCAUAGUAAUAAAAAAGCUGAUCCAAUCUGGCUUCACCAUCCCAACAGUUGUAGGACUUAAUGUUGUUCCACAGCUUGUGUCUCCACCUAACCUCUCCCCGGAGCAUCACCAGAAUGGAUUGGAAAGUAUCAGCCCUAGAAGUGCUGCUGCUAAAAGGACUCAUCCGCCAAGCUUGGAAACUUCUCCAAAGCGAACAAAGGACGCUGAAAAGCUCCUAGGUAUAUCGGAGUCUGUCUUUGAACAGCCUGAAAUGGAGAAAAUCCCAACUGUGGAAAGAAUAGGUGCUGUAGAAGCCAUGCCAAUUCCUACUAUUGACCGCUCUAGAUCACAGAGGCUACCCAGUAAAGAGCUGCCAGAUGCAUCUUCUCCUGUGCCAACCAGUAAUAUUCGGGUCAUUAAAAAUUCUAUCAGACUAACUCUUAACCGGUAACUACAUCACAUAAGGUGUAAGGCAGUAGCUGAGCAGCUCAGUGUUGUGUGGUCACUGCAUGUAUGUUUGUAUAGAAACCUGUAUUGUAUGUAUGAAUCAUUAACUGUGUAAACUAAAAACUGUUGCAGAAUAUUAUUGAUGUUAAUCCACUUCAUACCCUAAAAAUGUAUACUGCCAUUAUAUUCUACAUACAAUUUUUAUACACUUUUAGAAUGUCUGUGUAAAAUAUUCAAAGAAAAAGAAAAAAAAAGUAAGGAUUUUGGUCUCUUGAUCGCUCUAUCUAGCUCUCAAUCUGUCUCACUGUCCUUUCAGUCAGUGUAUCUUGAGUUGAAAAUACUUUAAAAAUGGGGGGAGGUGGGGGGGGAUUGGUCUUAUUUGAUGAUGAGACCACGUACUGUUUUGUAUUACCUCUUGUCUACCUGUUUUUGCAUUCAUUCCUAGAUUGUAUUACAAAAAGUAUUUCUUGACCUUACCUCACUUCCUGUCUGGGGAAGAGAUUUCUCCUGGACUUGGCAAAUAAAUGCAGAGCCUUGUGUUUCUCAGGCUUGUGAAGCUUUCAGCUCUGCUUGCAAUGCAAACUUAAUGGUUUUCACUGCAGUCUGGAAAACUAGAUACUGAACUGUCUCCUGUGGAGACAUAAUGUAUGCGAACAUUUAUUGUCAAGCUUAUAUUUACAUAUAUCCCUAGUUUACCUUAAUUUAUCAGAGUAAUUAGUAUAUAAUCUUUUUAUUAAAGUCCACAAUUUCUAUACUUUAGUACGAUCAGAAUACAUGCCACAGGUGGAUAUUACAACCAAUAUCAACUACUCCUUUUCUACAUCUGCGUUCAUCUCCCUCCUCUGACCACUCAAGGUAGACCAUUUAGCCUGUAUUCAGUGGCCAGACUUUAGUGGUCACUCUGUUUAGCUGUACUCAUACCUGAGAAUUACAGUACAGCAACACUGCAGACUUUCCUGCGCCCUAAUCUGGGGUGUAAGAAAAAACCUGCAUAACAGUGGCUGCAAGGUGCCAGAGAGAUGAGUUGACCACCACUACCUCGCCACCAUUAAUACUCAUUGAAUUACCGCCAUUGAGUACCACCAAGUGGACGUGACCUUAGAUAUGCCUGAUUACUAGUGGAAGUAAACUACUAUAUAAGCAAUAAAUAAUUGUAUGAGAAGCCUCUCCACAAAGGCAUACAGAAACAUGUUAACCGCUUAUUGGUGAUGGACAGACAAACUCAGUUGGGUGGUUGCGCCACAUUGGAAACUGGUGUUCUCCACUACUUGCCUCAGGAAUUUAAUGUUUAAUCUUUAUACAUUUAUUUUUUACUAGUACUUUAUUCAGUCACUUUGUUUAGCAAAGCAUGUGUUUGGUUUAUGCAGACUUACUAGGUUAUACAACUGCUGUAUUGUUAAAUGCACUGUUUUGUAAUAAGCAAUGGAUGCAAACUAUUUUUGUAUGUAAUAUUUCCACAGUUUCAAACACAGAAAUAAAAACAUACUCUCCCCC